AUGUCGUACGGGUCACGCCCAGAGCCCCGGGGUCACGGCCAGAGCCCCGGGGUCCCGGCCAGAGCCCCGGGGUCACGGCCAGAGCCCCGGGGUCCCGGCCAGAGCCCCGGGGUCACGGCCAGAGCCCCGGGGUCACGGCCAGAGCCCCGGGGUCCCGGCCAGAGCCCCGGGGUCACGGCCAGAGCCCCGGGGUCCCGGCCAGAGCCCCGGGGUCACGGCCAGAGCCCCGGGGUCACGGCCAGAGCCCCGGGGUCCCGGCCAGAGCCCCGGGGUCACGGCCAGAGCCCCGGGGUCACGGCCAGAGCCCCGGGGUCACGCCCAGAGCCCCGGGGUCACGGCCAGAGCCCCGGGGUCACGGCCAGAGCCCCGGGGUCACGCCCAGAGCCCCGGGGUCACGGCCAGAGCCCCGGGUCACGCCCAGAGCCCCGGGGUCACGCCCAGAGCCCCGGGGUCACGCCCAGAGCUCCGGGUAACGCCCAGAGCCCCGGGGUCACGCCCAGAGCCCCGGGGUCACGCCCAGAGCCCCGGGGUCACGCCCAGAGCCCCGGGGUCACGCCCAGAGCCCCGGGGUCACGCCCAGAGCCCCGGGGUCACGCCCAGAGCCCCGGGGUCACGCCCAGAGCCCCGGGGUCACGCCCAGAGCCCCGGGGUCACGUCCAGAGCCCCGGGGUCACGCCCAGAGCCCCCGGAUCACGCCCAGGGACUUCAUUAUUCCUUUCUCCCAUACUUAUAUUCCUUUCCCUUCUCUCAUCUCCCUUUCUCCCACACUUCCCACCAAGAUGUGAAAUGUUUACGCGAGUGAGACGCAGCGAGUGGGACGCAGACACCGCAGCAUUCAGCGAGUGGGACGCAGACACCGCAGCAUUCAGCGAGUGGGACGCAGACACCGCAGCAUUCAGCGAGUGGGACGCAGACACCGCAGCAUGCAAGCGCUGGAGGCCCGCAGACCCAGCGUCAGGAAGCCCGCAGACACAGCGUCAAGAGGACCGCAGACACAGCCUCAGAAGGACCGCAGACACAGCGUCAAGAGGACCGCAGACACAGCGUCAAGAAGCCCGCAGACACAGCGUCAAGAGGACCGCAGACACAGCCUCAGAAGGACCGCAGACACAGCGUCAAGAGGACCGCAGACACAGCGUCAAGAGGACCGCAGACACAGCGUCAAGAGAACCGCAGACACAGCGUCAGAAGGACCGCAGACACAGCGUCAAGAAGCCCGCAGACACAGCGUCAAGAGGACCGCAGACACAGCCUCAGAAGGACCGCAGACCCACACGGCCAGGGGUCAUAGUAAUGAUUCAUUUUAUAAGCUGA